CUUUCCCAAAAAACCACUCCCCCACCAGCCGCCCCCCUCGGGCCCCCCCGCAGUGUUUAACACGAGUUUUUACAUUAAAAACCUGUGGCCCCCUGGGGCAGAAACGCGUAUGUGAAUGGGGGGAGCUGGUCCCUCUCAGUUUAGGGUGGACUCUGACUGGGGGGGGGGGGKGGUCUCUGCCCGGGACCGGGGCAGCCCAUACGAGUUCUCCCUAGCCUCCCCCACCCCAUCUGUUCUUCCCACCCUACAAUAUGGGCAGGUCUGGACUGUGCUAAUGAGGUGCAAUUCCCCACCCCCUGUAGUUGCCAUGAGGACCCGUCACGGGUCGGGGGAGGAGGGAGCUCAGUGGGUCCAGGACUGGGAUCCUGGAUAUGCAAAUAGGGGGUAUAGCUUAUCAGCAAAAGACCCAACUAAUUAUGCCCUCAUUCGCAUACAGAGCACCUGGGCCCCAACCUUGACUUGGCUCCUCCCCACUCCCCAAGGCCACUGUGAGGUUUCAGGGGCCGGGGAGGUCACCUGGGUCCUUUGCCAUGUGGUGGGAUGGGACACAACACCUGGAGCCUGCCCUGGGGUGGGGGGUCCGCAACACCUGAGGCCUCUCUUGGGGGUGGUCUUCAACACCUGGGCCCCUCCUGCAGGGGGCUGCAGAGACUGGGCAAAUCCCAACCCCGUGUCCCGCCUUGGGGUAGGCUAGAUCUGGGGGGUCCUGGCCCCUCUCAUACAGAGGGCACAGCCAGGGGGAGGUCCCAGCACACCUGUGUCCCUUCUCAUGGUGGGGGAAGGUGGGGGUACCUGCAGACCUUGAGGCCUCCCCUACACCUGUGUCCCUUCCCGAGGAGCUGCUGCACACCUGGGUCCCCUCCCAGGCAGGCCUCACCCCCUGGCCUUGGGCUGGGCUAUAAGCAAACGCGGAGGCCUUGACGGAGCCCAGGAGGUGACAGCGAUGGUGUCAGCACUGCUGUUCACGCUGGUGGCCACGGUGGCCAUGCUGGGCCAGCGGGCAGACGCCCAGUGCCCCACGGCUGCUGACCUGCGCCCUGCCAACGGCACGCGGGUGUGCGCCCAGCUCUAUGCUGACAACAGCCCCUACUACGACCAGUGCUGCGCCGGGGAGGUGCUGGUGGUGCCACCGGGCAGCGACGCGCCCUACAUGCCCCGUGGCUGGUCUGCCCGCGCCUCCUCCCUCGUGGUGGGCACCAGAUGCGAGCUGACCGUGUGGUCGCGCAAAGCCAAGAAGGGCAAGUCACGACGCUUCAGUGCUGGCGCUUGGCCGCGGCUGCAGGAGGUGCGCCGGGGGCUCUUCGGGGACUGGAACGAUGCCAUCCGGGGCUAUUACUGCACCUGCAAGUGAGUGGCAGCACGGGGCAGGCAGCGGGGGCAGUGCCGGGGAGUGGGGGCUGAGGCCAGGCAAUGAGAGGUGCCGUGAGACAACGUGGGUCAACGUGAGCUGGUGUGGAUCAACGUGAGCCGGUGUGGGUCAAGACGUGCCAGCAUGGGUCACUGUGAGGCAGCACAGCUCAAGAUGAGCCGUGGGCCAAACCAUGCCCAAGUUGGCCAAGAGAUGCCGAUGUGAGCUCGAAGACGAGCUGACACGGGCCAACACGAGCCAACAGUAGCCAAGACAAAUCAACAUGAGCUAAUGUUGGCCAGGACCCACCAUCUUGAUGGCCAACAUAUGCCAAGCCGGGCCAAGCAAGUCAGCCUUUGUCAACGUGAGUCAACAUGGGCCAAGCCACGCCAAGGACAAUGCCCCUUAUGGAACCUGCGUGUCCCGUAGGCCGAUGCAACCGCACCCCCCCUGCCGCCCACUGUGCAGUCAAUAAAGC